UUCCCCCUCCCCAGUGCACGCUAUGGCUAGCAAAUGCUCAAAGUACGAUCCACGCAAUCCUGACGACUUCUGCUUUAAGACAAACUUUCCUCUCCGCGUUGGCAUUCUUGUGGGUGGGCAAUUUCUUGACUGCCGGGAGUUUACUGUCUGAUAUAUCUCUCGGAAGUCGAUCUCGUCAGUUGGUCUACUGUCAUUCGUUUCGGCAGCCUCGCUCCUCAUUUACUCACUGCGAUAUGCGUACAAGAAGUAUCGCAUGUGUAGAGGCAUUCGUAUGUCAAUCUUCGACGAUCGAGUUGGACUCCAGCCUGUAUCGGUGCUAUUUCUGUGGGCCAUUUUCUUAGACAUGAUUCAAGGGGCAUCGAAUAUUUUGUCCAUCAGGUGGGCUUUCUUGGGCGAGGUUGUCGAGGAUGAGUACUGUACGGCCCAGGCUGUGAUGAAGCAGAUCGGGAAUGAUGGUGUCGGUAUGCACUCGAUCCAUCUGAUCUCCAGCCGUCGAUAUCGUGACCUCUCAAAAGAUGUACUUGUCCUUCAGCCUGGUUCACCAUCGCGAUUGCACUGUUGACAUUCUUCCAAGCCAUUUAUCAAGACUGGUUUGGGAUGCAAUACGCAAAGAUAUUUGCAAGAGUGUCGAUUCCUGCUUCUACUCACCAUCCAUAUUAUGGCAAUACAGGGUGAGGAUCAACUUUGUGCCACAUCACAUCAUUUUAUCUCAUCCCGCCAUUCUAGGAUGUGGUGUUGGAUUGUUAAGGGCGGGGGCAACGGAAUACUGCGAAUCGGUACACACAGGGACUGCGUAAGCGCUGCGCUUAGUAGUGUUGAAAUUUAGGUUUUUUUUAGGAAGUGAAUAUGCCUGGAUGUGGCUUGCCAUCUUAGUCACGAUGCUCACGUAUGGCACGAUUGCAUACAAGUGGCAACGUCAGGCGUCUCUUAACUUCGAC